AUGGUUACAGCGUUGGUUCUGAACAAGAAAUACAAUUUUUCUCACAUCAUUUUUCAUUACAUGGCUGAAAAUAUUACAACAAAGAGUAGGACUUGGAUUUAUCCAAGAUUUGUGCAAAUGUUGAUUGAUCAUGCACAUUCUGAUAUUGAAAGAGAUGUAAACAACGACUUGUUAUUCCUUUCACACAUGAGCAACGAUUCUCUGAAGCAGCUAGCAAGAUAUCAUCCGAAUCAUCCUGAGCCAACGAAAGUAGCUGAAUUUUUUGGAUUUAUCAAGGAUGCAAACUAUGUUGAUCCAGAUCCAGUAAAUCACCAAAACUGGAGGAAUGAAGAGGAGAUGAAAGAAGCUGCAUAUGCUGAUGAGUUAGAAGCUCUUGAAAAAUUCAAAAGUAAAUGUAAUGAUUGGUUUGUGAAAGAACUAAGGAAGAGAAGCAAGAAAGUUAUUCCCAAAGUGCAAAAGGAAGAGGGUUCAUCGUCACAGCCCAAGAAACGCCAAAAGAAAGUUGCAAAGACUAUGCUUAUUGAUGAGCCUGAUGUGGAAGAGCCAGUACCAGAAGCUGAGGUUGAAGUAGAACAUGAUUUUGAAGCUGAAGUUGAGACUGAAGCUGAAGCUAAUAUUGAAAUUGAUGUUCGUUUAUCACCUAAUUCUCAGAGUUUGCUGAAGAAUUUGAAGGCAUUUAAUGCAAAGAAAGAUAAAGCUGUUGUUGAUGCUCAGAAAGAAAAAGUAGCUGAUGAUAUAGAAGGUGAUGAUGUUGACAAAAGUACUACGAGCUUUUCUAGUUCUUCUGAUGAUGAGAUCGAUGAAACUGAACGUUUGAAAAGAAUUCAAGAGGAGACAGAGAAAGAGAAACAGUUGAGAAAGAGGAAGAGACAAGAGAAGGAUGAUGCUGGAUAUAUUCCAUCUCCUGAGUAUGUAUCUGAAUCUCAAUCGCCUUCAGGUGGAAGGAAGAAAGCGGGUGCGAGAAAGAGGAUUGUUUCUCCUAAAAUCAAAAUGGUUACUCCCAAGAUCAAGAAGCCUACAAAGAUUGUUCUAAAGAACAAACCUUCCCAAGAAUCAAGUAAACCACCAUCACCACCACCUGAACCUAUACCACAUCAAUCUCCUAUACACUCAGCACCUCACCAAUCACCUCCUAAACAACCAACACCACCAAGACAACCUUCACCAUUCCAUCUCACACCACCUCAUUCACCACAACAAAUUCAUACCAUUACACCACCACAAGAGACAACCUUACUUACAUCUCAACCAAUCUUCCAAACACCACCACCCUCACAACCAAUUAUUCAAACCACAUCUGGUUCUUCGGGGUAUAAAGGUUUUCCACCCGUUCCUCCGAACUUGAGUAUGGGUCUUGAAGAUAUUGGAGACUUUGAUUUUGCAAGUAAUGUUCAAUUGAAGAAUGUGGAAAGUAAAGUUGAUGUUGUGAUGGAUGAAAACAAAAGAUUAGCAACUGAAAGCAAAAGAGUAGCUGAUCGUGAAAAGAUUCUUGAAAUGCGUGUAAAGAAGUUAGAAUCUGAGAACAAGUCUUUAUUGAAGAAGAUAGAUAACGAUCAGACAGAGAUUGAUUUCUUGAAGGUAAGGGUGGCAGAGUUAGAAGAAGAAAAGACUCGCCGAGAUGAACAGAACAAAUAUUUUAAAUUAAAGAACAAAGAGCUUGAAGCUGCGAAAGCGUUGAAAGAGCACGAAUUCUAUAUGAUGAACAAAGUGAUAGAAAGUAUGCUUGGGAAGUCGAUAGAGCAAAGGUUUGAGGAAAUUCAAGUUGAAGAAGUCAGGGCUAAACGCCAAGCUGAGAUUGAAGCUUUAAUGAAAGACAAAGGCAAGAAUGCUGCAGGCAAUGUUAUAGUAGCUGAAAGAUCAAUUGUUCCAUCAUUAGUUGUUGAAAAUCAUGUUCCGAUAUCUUCUGUAUCAGCUAUUUUUGAGGAAGAUGUAUCUCUUGAAGAUCUUGCUGGUAAUGACGAUGAAGAAGAUGGCGAUGAAGAGGGUGAUGAAGAAGAGGAUGAUGAUGAUGAAAAAGUGUUUUCUGCGAGUAGUCAUGGUUCUGGUGAUGACAAUGACGAUGAUAAUUAG